AUGUCGGGACAAGGUGGCGAAGAAUCUGUUGAUCGAAAUGUUGAAGUUUGGAAAAUAAAGAGACUUAUUAAAAGUUUGGAAAUGGCUCGUGGAAAUGGUACUUCUAUGAUAUCACUGAUAAUUCCUCCUCGUGAUCAGAUUGCUAGAAUUUCGAAAAUGUUGGCUGACGAACUAGGUACAGCAUCUAAUAUUAAAUCUCGAGUGAAUAGAUUGUCGGUUCUUGGUGCGAUUACUUCCGUGCAAGGAAGAUUGAAACUUUAUAAUAAAGUUCCUACAAAUGGGCUUGUUAUAUACUGUGGUACUAUUGUUACCGCUGAAGGUAAAGAGAAAAAAGUGAACAUUGAUUUUGAGCCAUUUAAGCCGAUUAAUACUUCAUUGUAUUUGUGCGACAAUAAAUUUCACACAGAAGCACUACAAGCUCUUUUGGCGGAUGAUAAUAAAUUUGGAUUUAUUGUUAUGGAUGGAAAUGGGACAUUAUUUGGUACAUUACAAGGAAACACUCGUGAAGUUCUUCAUAAAUUUACUGUCGAUUUGCCAAAAAAGCAUGGUAGAGGCGGUCAGUCAGCAAUGCGCUUUGCUCGUCUUCGAAUGGAAAAGAGGCAUAAUUAUGUGCGCAAAGUUGCCGAAACAGCAGUUGAUUUAUUCAUACGAAAUGAUAAAGUGAAUGUUGCGGGGUUAAUACUGGCUGGUAGCGCAGAUUUUAAGACUGAAUUGAGUCAGUCUGAUAUGUUUGAUCAGCGCCUUCAAGCAAAAAUGAUCAAAACUGUUGAUGUUUCAUAUGGCGGAGAGAAUGGAUUUAACCAAGCCAUAGAAUUGGCUGCUGAUGCUUUGGGUAAUGUGAAAUUUAUUCAAGAAAAGAAGCUCAUUAAUGGAUAUUUUGAUGAAAUAUCUCAAGACACGGGGAAAUACGUAUUUGGCGUUAACGAUACCUUACAAGCACUCGAAAUGGGGGCAGUUGAAACGCUGAUAUGUUGGGAAAAUCUAGAUAUUAUACGAUACGAAUUGAAAAAUCCCGUUACAGAUGAGAAAAAGAUAUUACAUUUACGGUCGGAUCAAGAAAGAAACAAAGAACUUUUUCGAGAUCAAGCAACGGGAGUAGAAAUGGAAUUGGUUGAGUCGAUACAGUUAUUGGAAUGGUUAGCAAAUAAUUACAAAGACUUUGGCGCAGCACUAGAGAUCGUAACUGAUCGUUCGCAAGAAGGGGCUCAGUUCGUCCGUGGUUUUGGUGGCAUUGGUGGUUUAUUACGAUAUCGAGUAGAUUUCCAAUUUUCUGACCUAAAUGAAGGCAUUGACGAAGUCGAUCUUAAUGAAUAUUGA